UUGAAAAGGAAAGGUAGAAGGACAGCACAUUAGUUUGUUGCGAUGAAAACAAAGUGUAUCUAUAUAAUGUGGAGUGUUUUAUCACUUGGCAUCCUCAGCUACGCACAGGACACUUAUGAAUCUCCAUUCACCCGAAGGAAAACGCAUUUUAAACAGCAACAAUCCAAAUCAGUCAAACAUUUAACGACAGACGACAGAACACCACCCCACCGGUUACCUGCCAUUCCCUCCCCAUUGUCUGUACUCACUUUCGCGUUUAAUCGUCCUGAGGAAAAGCUCCAGUCGGACUUUGCUUACCUGCAAGACGUUUCUGUCACCUGCUCCACGACUGACUUUGUCUUGCGGGUCAACCCAGUUUUCUACGGCCAGGGUGCCAAUGCAGAGGAGCUGAGACUAGGCAGCGGCUGCAAAAGCAAUGGGGUUCUCAGACCCUACGGUGACCUGCUCUUCACGUACCCUCUGACGGCGUGUGGAGCCGUGCGGGAGUCGCCCCCCGGUUAUCUGCUCUACAAAUUCACACUCCAUUAUGAGCCUUCGCCAAAACGUUUCCCAACCAGAGCGCAGCGGAUCGAUGUGGACAUUGAAUGCCGUUAUCAAAGGAACCACCAUGUGCACAAGCUGACCGUGCAGCCCACCUGGGAGUCUCCUGUUAUGCGUAAAAAACUGAAGGGAUAUGCAAAUGACUUCAAGAUGGAGUUGAUGGAUGAUUUGUGGAGCACACCUGCCCAGUCACGGAUGUACCAGCUUGGAAAGACGGUUCAUUUCCAGAUCUCUGCACCUCAUCUCUCAACUGGUUCAAAACUGUACAUCAAUAGCUGCUAUGCUUCACCAUCCAGUGACUCUAAAUCAUCCCUCCGAUACAUCAUCAUUGGCAAUUUUGGCUGUAUGCUGGACAGUAAGAGCGACCAGGGGGCGUCUCGGUUCGUCUCUCGGACAGACAAGACCCUGAGAUUCUCCAUCCAGGCCUUCCAGUUCACUGCAGACCCUGACUCCGAGGUUAAUAUUCAGUGCAAGUUAUUAGUCUCAUCUGAAGACCCGGAUCCUGCUCACAAAUCCUGCACCUACAAAAAGAACAGGUGGAAGGCUCUCUCUGGUGACAAGUCCAUAUGUGACUGCUGUGAUUCACAGUGUGUGCCCUCUAAACUCCAGAGGGCCAUGACGGAAGGUUUUUCCAGCAGUGGGUCUUUGCUGGUCUCUGAUCAGCCGUACAAGACAGAAGAUGACCUUCUACCAGUCGGCAUUAGCGGAGUCGGCCAUGUCACGAUACAUGACACCGAUAAGCUGCACAGUCAAGAGACCCCGCUGGAAAGUGAGGAUGUAGUGACUUACGACGAUGAUGAUUACGACGAAGAGGGGUUUGAAGAGGAUGAAAGUGGGUUUAUCCUUCGAGUGAUGCCUGAACCUGAUUCAGAGGAGUUAGUAUUUAGGGACAGGGUUUCAGUUGAGUCUAAGGUGAAGGAUUCACAUCAGUUAAAAGAGGAUGAGUCAGGGUUUGGAGGGCGAGAAGAGAGUGAAGAGGAGGAGGAAUUUGAAGGAGGAGAAGAUGAGACCCAUUGGAAUCAGGAGGAGGCUGAAGUCUUACGUCAUUGGGAGCAGUUGGAUGAAAUCUUCACAUCACAAGUCGUCCCACAGAGAGAGUCACUGCUGCCGGCCUCUGAAAGUGAGGAAGAAGAGAGGAAGCGUGGAGGUGAAGAGCAUGAGAAGAUGAUGAUGGAGGAGAGGAAGCAUACAGGUGGAGGUGAAGAGCAUGAGAAGAUGAUGAUGGAGGAGAGGAAGUAUACAGGUGGAGGUGAAGAGCUUGAGAAGAUGAUGGAGAGGAAGCAUACAGGUGGAGGUGAAGAGCAUGAGAAGAUGAUGGAGGAGAGGAAGCAUACAGGUGGAGGUGAAGAGCAUGAGAAGUUGAUGGAGGAGAGGAAGCAUACAGGUGGAGGUGAAGAGCAUGAGAGGAGGAUGAUGAUGGAGUUGGAGGAUGACGACAGUCCAGAAGAUUUAGUAGAUGAUGGAAGGAGGACCUGGUAUUUCCCAUGGAUGUAGCAUUGGGUCAAUGGAUCGAUCAGUGUUCUGCUCAAAUACUGUAACCCCCAUGAUAGGAGGAUAUUCCGAUUUAUUUCAAUAAAAAACAUGAACAUGCAGCUGAUGGAUUUGUCAA